GCUACUUGGAAACCACAGCCGGCGGGUUCAGUGAAGAGCAAGGCUUCGUCUCAAAGACCUUUAAUCUGAGUGAGGCAGGCAGGCGGUUCACCGCCCUUGAAUCAGCAGAGCCAUCUAGCCUACUCCGUCUGAUUCAUUCACGGGCGCCAUGAGAGUGAAUGAGAGCGUGUGUAGACUAGCAGACAGACACAGACACAGACGCAGAUGCUCAACAUGAAUGGCUCACUGUGCCGAUCUCUAAGGAAAUGAGCUGGACAACAUGGGGCCACUCCUGUGCUUCCUUCUGCUGAUGACAUCACUGGACUCUGGGCUUGGCCAACCAGGUUUAGACUGCUACAGUGACUUGGUGAACAACAUCACUUGUAAGCUGAAUGGGACCGAUCUGCUCAUGGAGCCCCAAAGCAAAUGCAUUAUCAAGGCCACUGAUAGCCUUGGAAGGCAACAAGUCAAAUGUGACCUGAAAAAGCCAGGCGGUACCUUUACAGAGUGUGUGCUAUACUUUCCACAUGUGACACAUUUUUGGUUAAUAUUGACGUAUGAUCUGGAGGCCUCCUGCGAAAACAAGACUGUGGCACAUCUAAAAGGCUUCUUCCCAUAUGAGGAGAAACCAUCCCCUCCUGAAAUGCCAACCAUUGAGAAUACCACCAUCUCCUGGACGCAUAUCCGCAUGCAGCACAUGCAACGCCAAAACAUCAAGGAUACAAUGCGAUACAACUUUGAACUUCAGUACAGAACCGAUCGACAGAGUUGGAAGGAUGGCAAAAGCAUUACGUUACAUGACAGCCCCAGCCGCCUGCUGCAGGAGGAGCUGAAGAGAGGCCAGCGGUACCGGGCUCGGGUUCGGUAUCAAGCUCGACUCAUCGACGCAAACAACUUCUCGACGUGGAGUGACUGGAGCCCCGUUGCCUCCUGGGAUACUCCAGAAUCAAUCGCUGAUCCUACGGAGGACCUGGAGACGUGGUUGAUCUGGUGGGCCGUGAUCGGCGCUUUGGCUGUGAUUGUCUUCCUGGUGGGCAUCAUGUUCAUGGGUGCUCGCAAGAUGAAGCUGUCAUUCAUACCUGAUCCCGCAAAGUACUUUGACGGCCUUCAUUCUGUCCACAAAGGCAAUUUUAAGACCUGGCUGGGCUCCUUCCAGGCGGUGGACGUCUUGAGCGCCGAGCAGCUGUGCGAGUACACCUCGCCAGUGGAGGUCCUGAAAGGUCAGAUGUCCAGCAGCUUCUGCAACCACCCGUACUUCUAUGGGUCUCAGGAGAUCAAAAAGAUCCCACCGCUUCACCUGGACAACCUGGAGCCCUGUCCAGAGUUCUCCCCCUACAACGACAUGAAGGUGGACCGGGGUCCCAGCGCGGUGGACGACGCGGACGUGAGCAACAACAGCGCAGGGGGGACCGGCAGCAGCAGCAGCGGCAGCGGCAGGACAGAGGUGGACCGCGGGCCGCUCCAGAUGAGCUCCUCCUCCUACAAGGACCUGACGCGUCUGCGGGAGGAGGCGCAGAGCCCCGACUCGGGCGUCUCCGUGGGGAGCAUGGACGAGGAGAGCCACGAGGAGUCGCUGGAGAGCGGCUACGAGCCGGACGAGAGGGCGCCCUUGGCCCGCCGCGGCGGCACGCUCAGCGCCCAGAAGGCUUCCGGACCUUGGCGCAUGACUAACUGGUCUGUAGCCGUGGCUCCUCUCCCACCGCUCUCCCCCCUACACUGCACGGUUCCCUUCUUUGGGGCGGGCCAGGGGCCAGAGCAGUGCAGCACCCCCACUGGACUGCAGGGGGAGCUAGCACCCUCUAGUGACGAUUACAUGCCCUUACAAACAUAAAUCUCCACUGUUAUAAAUGCCAUGAAAGUAUUACCCAUUUAGCCAAACCUGCCACUUGGACAUUUUGUUGGCCGUUGUUGAGCUGCCCAUCUAUGCACCUUAAUGGAGUCACAGGAAGGUACGGGAUAUGUGUAUAGACUGCUGCCAUAUUGACAGUUUAGAAAUGACCUGUUGUGGCAAAAAUUUGACUUUCCCUGCUCCUCCUACUGUCUCCGAGUUGGAAACCAGCCUGGCAAGAUAUGAACUAGUGUCCUGGCAAAGUCGGAAUAAGGAAUAGCCAUGCUGGCUAACUAUGAGAGCAAUCAGUGAUGGUCAUGUUGAUCAUGGCAUAUAGUGAAAAGUGCUCCGUCCUUUUCAUUUACUGACUAACCUUAUGCAUUUUAAUGCAAUCUUCUUUGGGUACUGUGUUUCCUCAUAAGAAAGUCUUUGGCAAAACAAGCUAUUUUUUCUACAUAUUAUUUUAUGUGAUAUGAUCUGUGAAAAGCUGCAUGGUGCACUAAAAACAUACUUGAUUUUUGCUUUGUUUCAACCCUCCCUGGUGAUAUUUGACCAACUUUUUGAAUCAUUGUGUGUGUGUGUAUCCCGCCGACCUGAAUGUAGAUGGAAUAAAGGUUUUUUUAUUUUAUUUUGUGAA